CGUAACGUUAAUGUUGCAUGUGUUUUUGAAAGGUAACCUCAAAGUUUUGGUGUUUACGAUUAUGUUCUAACUUCUAAAAAUUAUUACAUAUUUAAAAUGCUUAGUAAAAUGGAAGUACCGGGAUAUCCCGGAUUAAUUAAAACGAUUGAAGAUGGCGAAGAAGUUGAAGAUUUGUCUGAGGAAUCAGAUAUCGAGGAGGAUUACCAACCAUCAAAGCAAAAGGUGAAAAGGAAAGCAGACUUUGAUCCAACAUUUAAAUUUGUUGGUUCUACAGAAGAGUACAACAAGAACCCUUGGGAUGAUUUACAAAAGUAUGUAAGAAGAAAUGUGAAACACACUUUAGAUGAAAAGAUAGCUAAAAGGAGAGCGGAAGUCAAAGUACAUGGUAACAGUAACGAUGUGGACACCGAUUCUGAAGCUGAGGCUAAAGAUGAAGAUGUUGAUGAACUAGAAAUAUCUGAUGAUGAACUCAAGAAAGAUGAAAUAAAGACUAAAGAAAGGAAACUCACUAAGAAGCAAAAAUUAAAAGAGCAAUUACAAGAAGAUGAAGAUCAAGGUACUAGAAUUGAAUAUGACUCGGAUUUCUUUGAAGAACCUCCACCUUAUGAUGAACAAGCAUCUUUUUAUAUGAUGAAUCUCUCUCGACCACUUCUCAAGGCUAUUGGCAGUUUGAACUAUGUUCAUCCAACUCCAAUACAAGCUGCUACUAUUCCUAUUGCAUUAUUAGGUAAAGAUAUAUGUGCGUGCGCGGCGACAGGCACGGGUAAAACUGCAGCAUAUAUGUUGCCAAUAUUAGAGAGGUUAUUGUACAAAGCGGGUGGAGACAGGAUUACCAGGGUACUGGUGCUUGUGCCUACUAGGGAGUUGGGUGCUCAGGUGCAUGCAGUGACAAGGCAACUGGCACAGUUCACCUCUGUUACUAUCGGUCUGUCUGUUGGUGGAUUGGAUGUCAAAUAUCAGGAAAGCGUGCUCCGUCGUAAUCCAGACAUAGUGAUAGCAACUCCAGGCAGACUUAUAGAUCACAUCAAGAACACGCCAUCUUUCAGUUUACAUUCUAUUGAAGUUCUGGUACUUGAUGAAGCUGACAGGAUGUUAGAUGAAUAUUUUGCGGAACAAAUGAAGGAGAUUAUAAGACAAUGCUCUGCUAAGCGACAGACUAUGUUAUUCUCAGCGACUAUGAGUGAGGAAGUGAAAGAUUUGGCCGCAGUGUCACUGAAUAAACCUGUCAAGUUGUUUGUGGAUUCCAACAAAGAUGUAGCUUUUAAUCUGCGACAGGAGUUUGUCAGGAUACGUAAAGAGCGCGAGUGCGACCGCGAGGCGGUGCUGGCGGCGCUAGUGUGCCGCACAUUCCGCGACCGCGCUGUCAUCUUCGUACAGACUAAAAAACAGGCGCACAGACUGCACGUCGCAUUAGGACUGCUCGGAGUUAAAGUAGCAGAAUUACAUGGAGCGUUAAACCAGCCUCAGCGAUUGGAUUCAUUAAAAAGAUUUAAGGAGGAGCAGGUCGAUGUACUAGUAGCUACAGAUGUAGCGGCCAGAGGUUUGGACAUACCCGGGGUAAAGACUGUACUGAACUUCACAUUGCCUGCUACAUUAGAACAUUAUAUACAUAGGGUGGGUAGGACUGCGCGUGCGGGGCGCGCGGGGGUGUCUGUGUCGCUGGCGGGGGAGGGCGAGAGGAACCUGGUGAAGGCGAUAGUGCGGCGCGCGCGCAGGCCGGUCAAGUCGCGCGCGGUGCCGCCUGACAUUGUCGCUAAAUAUCGCGACAGAUUAGCUAGAUUGGAACCAGAGAUUGCCGCUAUACUUGACGAAGAAUAUGCAGAGAAACAGAUAAACAAAAUGGAGAAGCAGACGGCGAAACUGGAAACUAACUUGAAGAAAGAGAAAGAAGGACCUCAAAUUGAAGUAAAGCGGCAGCACGAAUGGUUCCAAACGCCUAAAGAGAAGAGAGAAGAAAAAGAACGGCUUGCAUUGACUCGUCAUCCAGGGAAAGAGAAUGUUAAGGGCAAAGGUAAAAAGCGUAAGCGUGACGACGAUUCGGACGAUGAUGAUGACAAGAAGAAAAAGAAAAAGACAACGAAACACACGCCCAAGGAUACCGCAGAAGAGAGAGUGAGAAAGGAGAUGGAGAAGGUUGCUUUACUUCAAUCAAGGAUGGCAAAACGCAAGAAGAAACAACGAAGAAUAAAAGCAGUCGAUGACGACGAUGACGAAAGAUCGCAGUUCAGAAACAACCAAAAGCCAAAGAAUAAAAAGAAACAGAGUAAUUUUGCAAACGAUUUGACAGAUACCUCUAGGGCUGCAGCAAAGAGACUCCGAUAUGAUGCCAACCGAGUACAAAAAGGUGUUAAAUUCCCACAGAAAAAGGGUAAAGGUCCGGCUAAAGGAAAGGGCCCGAAUAAAACGAAAACGUUUGGAAAACCUCAAGCACCUAAAGAAGGAGGUCGCAGAAAAAAUAAAUAAGAAAUACAAAGAUAAUAUGAUGCGUUUUAUGUUAAUAAAUAAUACAUGUGUAUGAUAAA